UCUUCCUCCAAUCUAUGCCCUGUCGAUGGCUCCAAGCCGAGGCCCGCGUACAAAAGUAAUGGAUGCAUUUGUAUCUCGAAAACGUCGACGCGUCUCUCCUCCACGGGAAGAACGAGAUGUGGCGUCGAAACAGCACCAUCAACUUCAACAUCAACCGCAUCCGCAUCCGCAGCCAGCGCCUUUCGCUGCUGAUGAGGAGGAGUCCACAGAGAUGAAAUUGGCCUUGAUGAUGUCUCUUUUCCCAGAUACAGAGCAGAGUAAAUUAUUAGAAGUCUUAAUUUCGCAUGACGGAUCCGUCGACGCUGCUUCGUCUGCUCUUUCUGCGGAGAAAAGGGAACGGACAUCUCAACUGGAAGAUACUACAGAUAAUAAUAUAUCGCCACAUCUUCUACCACCAGCGAAGAAAGAAAGAAUAUCAAAAUCAACAGGACAUAUUCCCUCAACGCCUACAAUACAAAGCUCGUUGUCUUCCUACGCCAUUACAAAAACUCCCAACCCAUUAUCAUCAAGACCAUCCACUACUACCCCGAUAACGAAAAAGGGCAAAACACUCCAUCUCUUCUCGCCCCCGGAUAUCGCCGCACAUACACCCUGCAGCAUCAUCCACAACUUCCUUCCCGCAGAAGAGGCGAACGCACUUCUAAGAGAACUCCUCGACGAAGCGCGCUCUUUCCCACGGUACAAGUUCCAACUGUUCGAAAACAUCGUCGAAAGCCCGCACACGGCCAGCUUGUACGUUGCGAGUCCGGAGGAACGACGCCAGCAAAUUUCGGAGUAUGCCUAUAACGGGCAGUAUCGGACGGAUGUGAGGCAGAUUACGCCGCAUAUGCGUGCUGUUUCUGCAAAGGUUCAGCGGGCCGUGAAUGAGGAGGUCAGGAAGAGGAUUCGAGAUUUCUAUCCUGAUGGGAAGAAGUUGAAGUAUCAGUCUCCCAGAGAGUGGAUGCCUAAUGCUGCGUUUGUGAAUUGUUACGAUGGUCCUGCGGAGAGUGUGGGGUUUCAUUCUGAUGAGUUGACGUAUCUCGGUCCUCGCGCUAUCAUCGGCAGUUUGAGUCUAGGCGUCGAGAGGGAAUUUCGAGUGCGGAAAAUCGUGGCUCGUGACGAUGAUGAGAAUAAUCAAUCAAAAGACAGCAGCAGCAGCAGCAGCAGCAGCAGCAACAGCAGCAACAGCAGCAACAGCAGCAACAGCAGCAACAAGAACAAUCGUACUGAUGCACAGGGCCAAAUAUCCAUCCACCUCCCGCAUAACUCGCUCUUGGUGAUGCAUGCUGAAAUGCAAGAGGAAUGGAAACAUUGCAUCGCGCCCGCGCAAACCAUCUCUCCGCACCCGAUCUCGGGGAAUCGUCGCAUUAACAUCACCUAUCGCUGGUAUCGCGAAUCGCUGCAUCCGCGCCACACACCCCGGUGCCGAUGUGGCGUGCCGACGGUCCUCAGGUGCUCGUCGCGGAAGCGCGAGACGAGGGGUCGGUACAUGUGGAUGUGCUACGCGGGUUUCUCUCCUGGGAGGGCAGGAUGUGGAUUCUUCCAGUGGGCGGAGUUUGAUGACGACGGGGAACCGAUCUGGAGGGGAAGACAGAAGGACAAGGUCGAGGAGGCUGAUCGAUUAAGUAACUUUGUGGAUGGCAUUCGCGGCGAUAAUGGGCAAUGAAUGCCUUUUGGGGCUUAUAUAUCUCAGAAGAAAGAAUACUUUACGAGCUAAUGAUAUGAUGACUAACUGAUAAUCAAAGAGAAAAAAUAUUAUUCAUUU